CCUCCCCAUACCCACACUUGCUCUUUAUGUAUUGUUUGCUCAGGAAAGGAGACGUGGCAUUGCUGAACUGUACCGCCAUUGUGAACACCAGCAAUGAAAACCUCACAGAUAAGAAUCCUGUGUCAGAAAGUAUCUUCAUGCUGGCAGGGCCUGAUUUGAAGGAGGAACUCCAGAAGCUUAAAGGGUGCCGGACAGGUGAAGCCAAAUUGACAAAAGGAUUUCAUCUAGCGGCCCGGUUCAUCAUUCACACAGUGGGACCCAAGUACAAGAGCCGCUACCGCACAGCAGCUGAGAGCUCCCUGUACAGCUGCUACCGAAACGUCCUUCAGCUGGCCAA